AUGGAUGAAAGAUCUACGCUGGGACUUCAGUCUACAGCCACACCAAUCUACAUCCUACGUGGACACACAGCCCCAAUCCACGCUCUACACAUCUUCAACCGCAAUCUCCGCCUGGUAUCUGGAGACGCCGAUGGCUGGAUCGUGAUCUGGGACCUCGUCAUCAAACGACCUGUGGCCGUAUGGAAGGCUCAUUCUGGUGCUGUGCUCGAAGCCAAGGGAUUCACUCGUGGUGGAACUGUCACAGAGAUCUAUACACAUGGCCGAGACCACAAGCUAUGUGUGUGGAAGGUCAGUGCAGAGGAUGAGUCGUUUCUUGACAAGACUCUCCCGGUCGAUAGAGCUGAUUCCGCAGAGUCGGAGGAAACUCAGCGCCAGCCGUGGCUACUGCACUCUCUGCCUGUGAACGCGCUGAAUUUCUGUGCUUUUGACAUGACAUUCCUGCACACAGACUGCAGUCCAGAAGAGAAGACUGGCAGCGAUAAUAAACGCGCCGCUCUCUUCGCAGUCCCUAACGCUCUUGACUCCGGUGGAGUCGAUAUUUUCCACCUUCCUUCCGAACGCCGUCUCAGCACCAUCCGCUCAGACCCGUCAACCAAGACAGGGAUGGUGAUGGCUGUUAAUCUUUUUGUUUCUCCAUCUGGAGACCUUUAUCUUGCAUCUGCCUACGAAGACGGACAUGUCAUGGCAUUUCUCCAUCGCGGACCACUCAAGUCCAUCAUCAAUCUGGAAUUCAACGCAAGCAGCAACGCCUGGAAAUGGGAGAAGAUAUACGCAAGUCGUCCGCACUCACAACCUGUCCUCUCUAUCGACUCAUCUCCCUCUCAAGUCUAUUUCCUGUCUUCUUCCGCCGAUGCAUUGAUCGUUAAACAUCCGCUCCUCAAUUCUGAGCCUGGCGGGUAUAUACCCACACCCAGAUAUGUUCAGGAAUCGCCGCUGAAGAUCAUCAACACGAAGCAUUCUGGGCAGCAGGGUCUGCGCAUUCGGUCUGAUGGGAAGGUCUUUGCGACGGCUGGGUGGGAUAGUAGGGUUCGAGUUUACUCUGGGAAGACGUUAAAGGAGCUCGCUGUGCUGAAGUGGCAUAAGGACGGGUGUUAUGCGGUGGCGUUCGGGAACACUGAUAAUAUCACACAAUCUUCGGCACAUGAAGCGUCUGGAAAAAUUGCAGAAGAUGUCGGCACCGGUUCAGAAUAUGCAGAAAUGGCUGGCGAGAGAUCGGAACGCUCGCUGGCAACUGUGCAGAACCAACGGAAUAUGAAAGUGCAGCAGACACACUGGCUAGCGGCUGGAUCUAAGGAUGGAAAGAUUUCAUUAUGGGAUAUCUACUGA